GGAGCUUGGAGGAAUCUGUCAAUUUUGGAUUCUUGAUACAGGGAGGGGGGGGGGGUCACUUUGUCCAGUUCUCUAUAUACAGUUAAUGGAUGUAACAUUCAAAUAAUCAAAUAUUAAUGCUAAAUAACAAAAAAAUCCUAAAAGUAAUCAUUGAAAUUGUGAAAUGUGAUGUGUUUGUUGAGAAGUUUUAUGCUGUUUUUUUUCUUUCUUUCUUUCUUUUUUUUUUUAAAGCGCUUAUUAAAGUUUUUCAAACGCAACAUGUGUGAUGACGUUCUUAUUCUUUAAUGUAUUAUUAACAACAUUGUUACUACACCCGGUUGAUCCCACGCACGGCGCGGGGCUCGCGGGCCUCUCCCCUCUUCGCGUGCGCCUGGACUCACCUCUCUCAGAAAUGGUUCAGUCCCGUUAGAAGCAGCCGGAGGCAGCAGGUUCCUCGCGAGCUACGACAUGAAAAACGUACCGAUGAAUUCGCUCUGAUAACGGACCGUAUCAUGACAUUUUACCGGGCGGCCACUCUACUGGGAGCACUCGUGUGUGUCUGUAAUGGUGUGCAUGUCACAGUGCCAGAGAAGCAGCAGUUUGCGAUGCUCUUCCAGACCGUGGUCCUCCCCUGUCACUACCAAACAUCCUCCAGGCAGACUCCUGUGGUGCAGUGGUGGUACAAGUCGUACUGCCGGGACCGCACGCGGGACUCCUUCACCCUGCAGGAGACUCUGGGCAUGAAGGCCUCGGAGCUGGGAGCUACGGCUCACCUGGAGUGCUCCGACAGCAGCCGCACGGUUCGGGUGGUGGCCUCGGCGCAGGGCGCCUCCAUGACCCUGGCCGAACACUACAAAGGCAGAGACAUCUCCAUCAUAAACAAAGCUGACCUCCGUAUCGGGGAGCUGCAGUGGGGGGACAGCGGGGUGUACUUCUGUAAAGUUGUUAUUGCCGAUGAUCUGGAGGGGAAGAACGAGGCGCAGCUGGAGCUGCUGGUUCUGGGCCGGACAGGUGAGCAGCAUGAUCUACUGCCUGAGUUUGAUGUGGAGGUUAUGCCAGAGUGGGCGUUUGUGGGGUGCGUGUCUCUGGGCAGUGUCUUGUUCCUGCUCUUGUUGGGGAUCUGCUGGUGCCAGUGUUGUCCUCACUCCUGCUGCUGCUAUGUGCGCUGCUGCUGCUGUCCUGACACCUGCUGCUGUCCCAAGCACUUGUAUGAAGCAGGAAAGAUGGCAAAGAGUGGACAUCCUCCUCAAGUUCCCGUGUUUCCUUACUAUGUUCCUGGAGUUCCUGCUGUGGUUUCUGUGGCACCUUCAUCUCAUCUGGAUCCCAAGAUCUCCUCAAUCCCAUCAAUGGAGAAUAACUUAGCUGGAGUGCGCAGUGGUUACCGACUCACAUCCAGUCCAGAGCAGAACUCAAUGAGAGUUCUGUACUACAUAGAGAAGGAGCUGGCUCAGUUUCCCUCCAGAACCAUGGCUGCACAAAAACCCAGCAGCUUGUCAGAGCUGAGCUCUCUUCAUGAUGGGGGACUCCCAGAUUUCAGACACACCUACCAGACGGUGCAGAUGAAGGCGCUGCCGCCUAUCGACGACCACGAAGACCAGCUGCGGGUCGCUCCGCCUCCACAGAGCCGACGCACCUGGAGAGAGAAAAUCAACCACUCCGAUGACGAACUGGACCGCGGGUGGAACCCGCGGUCCGAGCACCUGCAGAGGAGGACUCUGGGCAGAAGGGGGCGCACCGGCUCCCUGGAUGAGCUGGAGGAGUUUGCCCGAUCUUACAACUCUCGAGGACGCCGACCUGAAGCUCCAGAGCGACCCUACAGGCGGGACUACAGCCCCGCCAGGCGUUUCUAUCCAGAUGAAGAAGACGGGUGGGACCGCCGCAGCCCCUCGCCGCCACAGAGGAGAAGGGGAACAUGGGACAGCGACCGUCCGUCCAAACCUUCACAGAGCAGAAGCUACGACGACGACUUCCUGAACAGCGUGCUGGAGAGAAAGGCCAGGGCUCGGGGAGGGGACCGGGGCGCCGCCAGGGGGGACGAGGACAGCGACACCCCCUCCAAAGGCAGCUCCAGAGGAAAGGGCAGCAACAGCUACUACAGCCGGUCUCCUAGCAACCGUCCAGAUGAGGAGGACCAUCUGCCUCCGUACUCGGAGAUAGAGAUUGAGCGGUACCGCAGGGCUGACCUCACCACAGACCGGUACCGCACCCAGGACCCCCCCAGAUCAGAGAGAUACAGGACGGUUGAGCCCCCCACACGGACCGUCUCUCACAUGCGCCCCCACCAAGGCAUGACCCAAACAUUACAGGGGGGCAGGGACGAGCACGACAGACAGCGAAACCUGCUCCAUCCACACUUUUACUGGCUUAGCCCACAACCCAGCAGCUGCAUGAAGCCCUGACUCUGCAUGAGCAUCUCUAACCUGUGGCUCUACUGUAUUUCUCUAACAGACUUCUGCACUGAGCAGGGGCUCCCUCAUUGUGUGACAAGGCCUCCCACCCUCACUGUCCCCUCCUCUGUCACUGUAACCAUCCUGCAGCUGCACAGCAGACGCUCAGAGACAGUCUGACAUGAAGAAACACUUCUGUACAUUCCUUCCUAUUUAUCCAAUCCUGUGUAUUUUAACAAGUGUAUUAAACAACUUCUUAAAACAGGUCUUAUGUGUUUAUUUGUUUUGUGAAUAAAGAGUGCCAAUGUGUUUGUUUUUGUUUACAUGUUGACAACAGUGUGCGGUGGCUCUGAGCAGCCUCCAGUCUUCAUACUUCCAGUGCCCUGCAGCUCAGGUUUAUUGUACGUUUGACAAGUAACUGUACAGUUUCUGAUGUGUAACAGUACUGCACUUGUGGGUUUGUACUUCAAGUACACAUUUCAAUAAAACAUAUCUGGUUUGUCUAACUUU